AUGGACGAGCCUGAGCGCUUUAUACUUCUCACAACUGACAAACUUACUCACCGAGUGCCUCUCGCCGACGAAUCCGACAACACCGAAAACUGGCACAAAUUCUUUCACAUCAUGGAUCACACCUCCGACCUCACCUUCUUAAGCCUCCACCUCCCGGAUAGCAUGUGGCCAGACGUUUGCCGACAGCACGCCCAGUGGACGUUCCCGCGGCUGGAGCACCUCGAGGUGCACGGCGAAAAUAUGGUGGAAGCCUCUGUCCGCGACGAUGACGACGGAUACGAUAACUCCACGCCAUUCAUCGCCCCCGGACUGAAGCACUUGCGCUCUGAGAAUUUCAAUAUUUCUAUUAUAGACAACCUCCUGACGCCCAGGCUGGAGAUCCUGGAAAUUUCCUCCAAUGCCGAUUUCUACGUUGACACCGUCUUGUCGACGCUGAAGCGGAUGCCGAAUUUGAAAGAACUUCACCUGUGGCUCGACAUACAGUUCAGGCCGGACGACAAAGACCCCACGGAGGUAGUACACUUUCACCAGCUGCAAACCCUCGACCUACACAUCAACAACAGCGCAGAGGGGAAAGUAUUCUCUCUGCUGUCCUACCCGCGGACCGCCUAUACCACGGCGUACUUGCAUCUCUGGGACCACGCUAACCUCGCAAAGACCAUGCGCAGCGUCAGCACAAAAAUUAACCAGAUCGUUGAUGGCGGAGACUUUCGCCAUUGCACCGUCCACCACGAAGGCUCGCGAAAGACGCAUGCCACUUUCUCUUCGCUCACUCAGCUCCAUAAUAGGCGGAGCGGCCAGGGCCCGGCAGAACCGAAGCUUGAGGUGCUUCUGGACGACUAUCCCCCUGAUACCGAAGCGCUGGUGCUCGCGAACAUGAUGGACAGCUUCUCCCUAGCCUUUGGCCUUGUCGAGCAUCUCGAGCUCCGAGACCUGAAACCCUGCGACAAAGACGGCGGUAACGACUGGGCAGACGAGAGCACGAGCUUCCCCGAGGGUUUGUUCGUCACCGCAGGCGGCAACCCCGCCGAUCCGUACCAGAUACUCAAGCUGGGCCACGCGUUCCCCAGCCUGAAGGCGCUCCACCUCGAUGGCAUUCGUUUCCGCCGGAGAUGGCCCGACGACUACGCAAACCACGCGAGCUUCUUGCACAUCCUGCAGAAGGCCACAGUGCGCGCGCUGCACGAGCCCGACCCGCACUUGACGCACCUCACCAUCACAAACGCAGUCAACCUUGUCGAGGUUGACGCAGCGAAUAGUCUGAAUAGGAUGGCAGCAGGAAUGAUAUGGGACGAGCAGGAGCGGUUCGAAAAUUGCACGAGAGAGUAUGUGGAAGAGGUGGUAGAGCAGCAGGGACGGAUGAGCGAGGAAGAAGUGGACUGGAUGAGAUUGUGGCUGGAAAGCAGGCAUUCCGAAUCUCACUCUCAAUUCGAAUUCGAUUCCGAAUCCGAGUCCGAAUCUGAAUAG